UUGUCCUUUUGGUUUUCUGCAUUGUUUUUUUUUAUCUUUCAGGGCAGCAAGCGGGAAGGCACCAAGAGAGGAAGGAAACCUGGACGCAAAGCCAAGUCUGAUAUGAAGGCCAAACUAGAACGGAGUCGGCAGAGUGCUAGAGAAUGCCGUGCACGUAAAAAGCUGCGAUACCAAUAUUUAGAAGAACUUGUUGCAAAUCGUGAGAAGGCUGUGUUUGCACUUCACAGAGAAUUAGAUCAGGUAUGUUAGCUGCCAGAUACUA